AAUCACAGUGUGCACCGGGCGGGCGGAGUUAGCUGCACUGCAGAUUAGCCCAUCUCAGUUUCGCGCUGCCCGGGUACUGAAAGCCAAAGUACAAUGACUGACAGCAACAAGAAUGAAAUGAACGUCUUCUGGGAAGAAAAAUAAGAAUGAAAAGGACACAUGGGUGCGACUCAGAGCUCCGACAUGGCCGCCUCGAAACCAAGUCUGUCUUCAGGUCCUGUCAUGUCCAGCUCGCUUAAGUUCCCUAUCCCUCUAGAAGUCCUAGAGGAGAUCUUCAUUAAUCUCCCCCCUGGCCAAGUGGUCCAAAGUUGUCGGUUAGUGUGUCGUCAAUGGAAGGACAUUGCUGACAGCCAGUCUCUAUGGAGAGUCAGAUGCAAGAGAGAAGGCCUUCACCUCCGUGACGUUUCUAAAGUACCCAAAGACUGGAGGCUAUAUUACUUCUUGUGCAAGAAAAGGCGAAAUCUACUCAGGAACCCAAGAGCAGAAAAUAAAAUGAGUGGUUGGCAGAUAUUGGAGAACAGCGGCGACAGAUGGAAAGUAGAGGAUGUCCUUGUUCCGCAUCCCAAUGAAACGGUCGAGAAAAACUUUGUGACAUCUUAUAACAUGUGCAGGAAGUCCCAGCUGAUUGAUUUGGGGACGGAAGGUUAUAAUGCAUCAUUUAUGGAUCACUUCCAGCCAGACAUCAAAAUAUCAGAUUGGUAUGCGCCACGCUGGGACUGUGGCUGUGUAUUCAAGAUUCACGUGGAGCUACUGAAUGAAAAAAAGAAGCCGAUUCAGACUUUUUCCCCUGAGGAGAUUUAUUUUGAGCAAUGGAGCGAUCCUAAAUGGAAUCAGAUAACACACGUCUUUCAAGACUAUGGUCCAGGAGUCCGAUACAUCCGCUUUAUCCAUGGAGGCAAGGAUACGCAGUUUUGGGCUGGCUGGUAUGGAAUUCGCCUUACAGACAGUUGCGUUGAGAUAUGCCCUGCAGUGGACACGUAGCUCAACGGGAGUCCACUAUCCCCUGGUUCCUGCCUUUGCCUAAUGAAGUAUUGCACUAUUUUCAUCACAAAUCAAAAAAAUCUAUUGUCAUUGUCCUCUUGGAAGGAUCUUGUUUGGAAACAUUACAUCCAUUUGACAACAGACAUUACCAGGAAAUCAGCUGUUAUUUUGUCUGUCAUCAAGUGACACCAUCAGUCAUUUAAAGGGGCCAUUUGGUGUUGUUUUUUUCUACAUUUAAAACAUUUCCUUCUGGUCUACAUCA